AUGACUUUGUAUUGGCUUUUGCAUGUCUAUUUCUGUUCCAGGGCCCUAUCACACACACCUGUGUCCUUACACAUCAACCAGACCCACCACUGCAAGCUGCUGCCGGGCCUGGUGUCUUCACAAGCCCAGCUGUGUCGGAGCAACCUGGAGCUCAUGCAGACCAUCAUCGCUGCAGCCCGCGAGGUCAAGAAGACCUGCCAGAAGACCUUCGCUGACAUGCGCUGGAACUGUUCCUCUAUUGAUAUCCCCAGUGACUCCUCAAGGUAUCGACCAGACCUUGACAGAGGUAGGCCUACUAGUCACAAUUUACUAUUUAUGGUGGUUAGAACUAGGCGUAAAAUAAGGAAUACAACUCCAGCACACUGGAGUAAACUAUGUGAAGAUCUAUUGACUGAAAUGGUGGUGUGAGAUCCAUUGUGCUAGGUGUGCAUAUUAUACGUUUUUUUCAAACGAACCAGGAGUGAUCAUCUCUGACCAAAUUAUUAGUACAGUAGAAACUCUGUGUCCUUGGUGGGAUUCAAAAAGCUAAUCUAAGUGUCACAGGAGAUUAUUUACAAGAGAGAGUUUAACGCUUUAAUCAUUGUCCUUGGUGGUCUUUUGUGCUCUGAGGGCAGAGCCGACUGUGACAAGCAAAGGCUACCAUUCUUCUUUGUGUCCCCUUGAAAGAAAGAAAAUCAUCCACUAUCACCCUAGCCACUCACCUCCAUAAUAUCGGUGCUACAAAGUUAUUCUCUUUAAGAUUCCACUAUGUGAAAGAUAGUAUUGAGUUGGACAGUGACUAUUAGAAGGGAUCUAGACAUAUUUUUUGUGGCAUCUCAUCCUUCUUAGUUUUAAAUCCAUUUUAUGGCAUACAUUACAUACAUUACAUACAUGCAUCUGUUUUUCUAUAGUAAAGCAUGAUGUGAAAUAUUGCCAGCGAUCUCUGCGGAACAUACGUCUUUUGAAUAGGUAGGUUCUUAGUCGCUUCCUUCAGCACAAAGCAUUAGUAAUGUAUACAGUGCGUGCCUACAUUUUAAAAAUCAAUCCUCGUUUCAUUAAGUCUCCCGAGUGGCGCAGUGGUCUAAGGCACUGUGCCACUAGAGAUCCUGGUUUGAAUCCAGGCUCUGUUGUAGCCGACCGGGAGACCCAUGGGGCGGCGCACAAUUGGCCCAGAGUAGGGGAGGGAAUGGCCGGCAGGGAUGUAGCUCAGUUGGUUGAGCAUGGUGUUUGCAACGCCAGGGUUGUGGGUUUGAUUCCCACGGGGGGGUAUGAAAAAAUAAAUAAUGUAUGCACUAACUGUAAGUCGCUCUGGAUAAGAGCGUCUGCUAAAUGACUAAAAUGUAAUUAAAUGCCCGCUCCUUGUAGUGUUUUGAGAGUCUUUCCGUGUUCUGGACUUGUACUUUGAUGGGUUUAUUUCUAUUGCCAAAAGGAUCUUUGCUGAGCCAGACAGAGCCAAUGCCAGUUCCAGUUUUACUGAGUUUGGGUGAAGAUGUAAAAACCCCACAACAAAGAGCUGGCUCCUAAUCAAAGGUUUAGUGAGAUAGCUCCAUGAUGAUGCGCCUCAGGAGAAGACAGGCUCCAUCUGUCAACUGUUAGACCAGUCUUAAGAAGCCCCUGGCAGACUCUAGACUAGUGCUCUUUUUCAUACAGGGAUGUCUUUGAUGGCCUGAAUGGUUCUUUCUUCCUGUCUCCUACUUCCAUCAUCCAGCAUUGACAUAUCUUCCCUCUGUGUGUACACACUUCAUUACCUAUACACUGAAUGUACAAAACAUUAGGAACACCUUCCUAAUAUUAAGUUGCACCCCCCCUUUUGCCCUCAGAACAGCCUCAGUUCAUCGGGGCAUGGACUCUACAAGGCGUCGAAAGUGUUCCACAGGGAUGCAGGCCCAUGUUGACUCCAAUGCUUCUCAAAGUUGUGUCAUUCUUUAACCUGUCUCCUCCCCUUCAUCUACAUUGAUUGAAGUGGAUUUAACAAGUGAUAUCAAUAAGGGAUCAUAGCGUUCACCUGGAUUCACCUGGUCAGUCUGUCAAUGUUUUGUACACUCAGUGUAUAACAUCCAUAUUAUUCACUCUGGCAGUAUAACCAUAUCUGUCUAGUGACUUUCUCAUGUUACCCUCACUGAGAGUACAGGUUAGGGUUAAAUUAAGGUUACAUGAAUGAAAAGCAAAAGCAGUUAAUCUACAGAAGUCAGUUCCCUCACUUACAAGGAUUUGUCUUGUUGUUCUCAACAGGCACGAGGGAGUCGGCAUUCGUGUACGCCCUGUCCGCGGCAGCCAUCAGCCACACCAUUGCGCGGGCAUGCACAUCGGGGGACCUGCGGCUGUGUUCGUGCGGCCCCAUCCCCGGAGAGAUCCCUGAGCCAGGCUACCGCUGGGGCGGCUGUGCAGACAACCUGCACUACGGCCUGGUCAUGGGCUCCAAGUUCUCUGACGCCCCCAUGAAGAUGAAGAAGGCAGGCUCCCAUGCCAACAAGCUGAUGCAUCUGCACAACAGUGAAGUGGGGAGACAGGUAGUUACACACGCAGAUCACGGAUAUACUCACUGUUUAUGCUAAUCAGAUAUAGUAGUAGUAGUAGUAGUAGUAGUAGUAGUAGUAGUUGUAGUAGUAGUAGUAGUAGUAGUAGUAGUAGCAGCAGCAGUCUGGUUUGAAAGAGGGAGAUAUGAAUAUAUGGGUGGACAUAUGAGUAGGGCUGUGGCGGUCAUGACAUUUUGUCAGCAGGGGAUUGUCAAGCAAAUAACUGCCAUCUCACGGUAAUUGACCGUUAAUUAUCAUAAACAUAUUUAGCAUCUCCUGGCUUCCUACAAGCCACUGAUGCAGACCUUUGGAACAUCUACGUUUUAAAAAGUAGAAUAAAUCCAUGUAAUAUAGCCUACUCCAUCACAAUAAAAACCAUUAUUUAUUUUAGACAGGUCUAAAGAAAUAUGAUAUGAAGAAAAUGUUGUCUAUUUCAGAAGAACAGAAUAGCGUUCUCUGAGUUGUCCUUAUGUUAGGCCCUGAUCUGGCUAUGCCAUAUGGCUGUGGGCUACACUAGUUCAUUUAGCAGAAAAGAUUUGCUUAGAAUUCCGUGGCAUUAUUUUAUAUUAGUUUAUAGUAUGAAGAAUACAAUUGAACAUAGCUGAAUAAAAUAGAAAGGAUAUUUUCUCCUAACGAUUUGAGGGCGUGCACACAUGUGGCUGUUCUGUGUUGAGCGGUUAACAAAGAAACAGGCACUCCUAUAUGCUUAAUUUAGAGAUAUUUAUGUAACUUUAGUUGUGAUAGAAAUGUUGGGCUGUAUGUUUUAAAUUUUUUUAAGGCUGCAUGAUGUGACUCUAAUGAUGAUUUGAAAAAAGUUGCAUGAAAGACGUGCUCUGCUUUGUUUUUUACGCAGUCUGUACACACUUCAUCCGUCUCUCAUUCACAAUUUGACAAGCACUUGAUAAUGCCUCGAAUUUCCCAGCUGCAUCCCCUUUGUGUGGCCGUAAUGCCCCCUAAAAAAAUAUAUGCCUUAUAAUUCCCUUCUCCCACCUCUCACUCACAUGGCUUUCCGUCACGUGGUCGGGUCUUUCUCACAGGCUACAAGUGAAGACAGACACAUCCGGGACACAACUGCACGUGUCCUUAUCCAAUUCCGAGGCGCAUAUUGAAGAUAUUGGAAGAACUGUCCACAUUUACUUUUCGUCAGCCAACAAGAUGAGUAGGUCUAACGAACAGCAAAAGCACUAGCCUAUGUCAAUAUAUUAUCCCCCAUAGUACAAAAGCUGACCUAUUCUAUUCUGUGCGAUAAACUGGGGCAUUUGUGGGAUGCGAUAGAUUCCAAAUCAAUACAACCACUAGCAUCAAAAACCUGUUUUAAGCAAUGAGCCUGACGCAACAGAUGAGAACGUUUAGCUUAAAAUGUUGAUUAACUAUUAGGCUAUUUCUUAACAUUAUAAGUGCAGCAAUGCGCACACGGCAGUAGGUUAUAAGCACAAAUGUUCCAUUAGCAGGAAAACACCAUUCUCAAAAGUGACCACAAAUGCGAUUAUGCACAUAUUUAUUUUAUUAUAAAGGUGCAUUUUUAUGGUGAAAAUGAUCUUUCCCAAACUUUAAACUCACACCCUGCGUAUGAAUGCCAGUUAGGCUCUACACCCAUUUUAAAGCGAAUUAAUGUGCUUCAUUUUAAGAAGUUAGUUGGCCGCUUUAGUUGUGAUACAAACCUUAUCAAAACAUAUACAGUGGCUUGCGAAAGUAUUCAACCCCCUUGGCAUUUUUCCUAAUUUGUUGCCUUACAACCUGGAAUUAAAAUUGUUUUUUUGGGGGGGUUGUAUCAUUUGAUUUACACAAUAUGCCUACCACUUUGAAGAUGCCAAAUAUUUCUUAUUGUGAAACAAACAAGAAAUGAGACAAAAAAAAAACAGAAAAUGUGAGUGUGCAUAACUAUUCACCCCCCCAAAGUCAAUACUUUGUAGAGCCACCUUUUGCAGCAAUUACAUCUUCAAGUCUCAUGGGGUAUGUCUCUAUAAGCUUGGAACAUCUAGCCACUGGGAUUUUUGCCCAUUCUUCAAGGCAAAACUGCUCCAGCUCCUUCAAGUUGGAUGGGUUCCGCUGCUGUACAGCAAUCUUUAAGUCAUACCACAGAUUCUCAAUUGGAUUGAGGUCUGAGCUUUGACUAGGCCAUUCCAAGACAUUUAAAUGUUUCCCCUUAAACCACUCAAGUGUUGCUUUAGCAGUAUGCUUAGGGUCAUUAUCCUGCUGGAAGGUGAAACAGGUUCCCCUCAAGAAUUUGCCUGUAUUUAGUGCCAUCCAUCAUUCCUUCAAUUCUGACCAGUUUCCCAGUCCCUGAUGAAAAACAUCCCCACAGCAUGAUGCUGCCACCACCAUGCUUCACUUUUUGGAUGGUGUUCUCGGGGUGAUGAGAGGUGUUGGGUUUGCGCCAGACAUAGCGUUUUCCUUGAUGGCCAAAAAGCUCAAUUUUAGUCUCAUCUGACCAGAGUACCUUCUUCCAUAUGUUUGGGGAGUCUCCCACAUGGCUUUUGGUGAACACCAAACGUGUUUGCUUAUUUUUUUCUUUAAGCAAUGGCUUUUUUCUGGCCACUCUUCCGUAAAGCCCAGCUCUGUGGAGUGUACGGCUUGAAUUGUCCUAUGGACAGAUUCUCCAAUCUCCGCUUUGGAGCUUUGCAGCUCCGUCAGGGUUAUCUUUGGUCUCUUUGUUGCCUCUCUGAUUAAUGCCCUCCUUGCCUGGUCCGUGAGUUUUGCUGGGCGGCCCUCUCUUGGCAGGUUUGUUGUGGUGCCAUAUCCUUUACAUUUUUAAAUAAUGGAUUUAUUGGUGCUCCGUGGGAUGUUCAAAGUUUCGGAUAUUUUUUUAUAACCCAACACUGAUCUGUACUUCUCCACAACUUUGUCCCUGACCUGUUUGGAGAGCUCCUUGGUCUUCAUAGUGCUGCUUGCUUGGUGGUGCCCCUUGCUUAGGGGUGUUGCAGACUCUGGGGCCUUUCAGAACAGGUGUAUAUAUACUGAGAUCAUGUGACAGAUCAUGUGACACUUAGAUUGCACACAGGUGGACUUUAUUUAACUAAUUAUGUGACUUCUGAAGGAAAUUGGUUGCACCAGAUCUUAUUUAGGGUCUUCAUAGCAAAGGAGAUGAAUACAUACAUUGUGCAAGUUCUCCCACUUAAAAUGAUGAGAGAGGCCUGUAAUUUUCAUCAUAGGUACACGUCAACUAUGACAGACAAAUUGAAAAAAAAAUUCCAGAAAAUCACAUUGUAGGAUUUUUAAUGAAUUUAUUUGCAAAUUAUGGUGGAAAAUAAGUAUUUGGUCACCUACAAACAAGCAAGAUUUCUGGCUCUCACAGACCUGUAACUUCUUUUUUAAGAGGCUCCUCUGUCCUCCAUUCGUUACCUGUAUUAAUGGCACCUGUUUGAACUUGUUAUCAGUAUAAAAGACACCUGUCCACAACCUCAAACAGUCACACUCCAAACUCCACUAUGGCCAAGACCAAAGAGCUGUCAAAGGACACCAGAAACAAAAUUGUAGACCUACACCAGGCUGGGAAGACUGAAUCUGCAAUAGGUAAACAGCUUGGUUUGAAGAAAUCAACUGUGGGAGCAAUUAUUAGGAAAUGGAAGACAUACAAGGCCACUGAUAAUCUCCCUCGAUCUGGGGCUCCACGCAAGAUCUCACCCCGUGGGGUCAAAAUGAUCACAAGAACGGUGAGCCCAGAACCACACAGGGGGACCUAGUGAAUGACCUGCAGAGAGCUGGGACCAAAGUAACAAAGCCUACCAUCAGUAACACACUACGCCGCCAGGGACUCAAAUCCUGCAGUGCCAGACGUGUCCCCCUGCUUAAGCCAGUACAUGUCCAGGCCCGUCUGAAGUUUGCUAGAGUGCAUUUGGAUGAUCCAGAAGAGGAUUGGGAGAAUGUCAUAUGGUCAGAUGAAACCAAAAUAGAACUUUUUGGUAAAAACUCAACUCAUCGUGUUUGGAGGACAAAGAAUGCUGAGUUGCAUCCAAAGAACACCAUACCUACUGUGAAGCAUGGGGGUGGAAACAUCAUGCUUUCGGGCUGUUUUUCUGCAAAGGGACCAGGACGACUGAUCCAUGUAAAGGAAAGAAUGAAUGGGGCCAUGUAUCGUGAGAUUUUGAGUGAAAACCUCCUUCCAUCAGCAAGGGCAUUGAAGAUGAAACGUGGCUGGGUCUUUCAGCAUGACAAUGAUCCCAAACACACCGCUCGGGCAACGAAGGAGUGGCUUCAUAAGAAGCAUUUCAAGGUCCUGGAGUGGCCUAGCCAGUUUCCAGAUCUCAACCCCAUAGAAAAUCUUUGGAGGGAGUUGAAAGUCCGUGUUGCCCAGCGACAGCCCCAAAACAUCACUGCUCUAGAGGAGAUCUGCAUGGAGGAAUGGGCCAAAAUACCAGCAACAGUGUGUGAAAACCUUGUGAAGACUUACAGAAAACGUUUGACCUGUGUCAUUGCCAACAAAGGGUAUAUAACAAAGUAUUGAGAAACUUUUGUUAUUGACCAAAUACUUAUUUUCCACCAUAAUUUCAAAUAAAUUCAUAAAAAAUCCUACAAUGUGAUUUUCUGGAAAAAAAAAUCUCAUUUUGUCUGUCAUAGUUGACGUGUACCUAUGAUGAAAAUUACAGGCCUCUCUCAUCUUUUUAAGUGGGAGAACUUGCACAAUUGGUGGCUGACUAAAUACUUUUUUCCCCAAUGUAUGCACGCACCACUUCUCCGUUAUUUCUUUUUUAUAUUUUUUUAAAACAAGUUAUUUUUUUCAUUUCACUUCACCAAUUUGGACUAUUUUGUGUGUGUCCAUUACAUGAAAUCCAAAUAAAAAUUUAAAUUACAGGUUGUAAUGCAACAAAAUAGGAAAAAUGCCAAGGGGGAUGAAUGCUUUUGCAAGGCACUGUAGGCCUAUGGGCUAGGCUACAUGAGGUGUGUGACUAUGAUUUUAAAAAGUCGUAAAAAGAAUUAUGCGCUGUUUGCCUUAAGCUGGGCAUCAUUCACAAGUGAUAAUAUAUUAUUCACAAGUGAUAGGCUAAUAUUGUCACCCAUCACACUAUUCUUGAUUUAAUCUUGUCUUAACAUAUACUAAAUAAUAUGUGUGAAAUUUGUUUUGAUUUAGAAUGGACCAUUAUCAUGCACCUGUCUCGAAACAGGGGCUGCGGAAAAAAAUACAUGUCAUCUAUGCACUUAAAUAGCGAAUGGAGGACGCAAUGUGCUUAAUAUUAGGAAAGUUGAGAAAUAAAUAUAGUAGGCCUAGCAAUAGAAAGCUGAUAGGAUCCUCCUCUUUUUAGUAGAGGCCAUCACUCUGUUUUCUUGCCCAAUUGCAUAGCCUAUAGAAAUGUUGCUCAACAUGAGCUAAUGGGCUUUCAUGAAGUGUUUGAUUAGAUUUUCGACAGCAUUUGCAUUGAUGUCAGAGUGAUUAGAGGGACAAUAGAGUGCUGAGUACCAGGCAGUUAGCAAGUUUGGUAGGCUACGUUUGGUAGGCUACUAAUGACCAUCAGCAGCUUCAGAGCUUGGAAAAUCUUAAUUUCUGUGACUAAACGGUCAUAUGGAAUUUGACUGCUGUCAUGACACCUGACCGCCGGUGUGGUGGUAAUACGGUCACCGUAACAGCCCUACAUAUGAGCAUGUAUAUUUAUAGCUCUUGUAAAUUAGAAUCCCUUUGUAGAAUAUUCAACGUAUUUUCUGCUAUAGCAUUAGCGUCAGUAGUAACAGUGUCUGACAUUCACGUCCUCUAUCUCUCCCCCAGGCCCUGAGAGAUGCGCUGGUGAUGAAGUGUAAGUGUCACGGUGUGUCUGGCUCCUGCUCCAUACGGACCUGCUGGAGAGGCCUGCAGGACCUGAAGGACAUCGCCAUGGACCUGAAGACCAAGUACCUGUCAGCCACCAAGGUGGUGCACAGACCCAUGGGUACGCGCAAGCAGCUGGUCCCCAAGGACAUCGACAUCAGGCCCGUCAGGGAGAACGAGCUGGUCUACUUGCAGAGCUCCCCGGACUUCUGCGCCAAGAACGACAAGCUCGGCUCCGUUGGCACCCAGGACAGGUGAGAAUGUUACAGGAGCUGUGUGUGUGUGUGUGUGUGUGUGUGUGUGUGCGUGCGUGCGUGUGUGUCUUAUGUUCAUAAAAGCAGGGUGUCAUGGGUGGCACAUUGUGGAAGUAUAUAGGGCCGUACAAAAUCAUAGCUCCUCUUUUGCGAAACUCUAGAUACUCAGUAUACUGGCCUGGCUCUGUCUGGACCAAUCCUGUUUAUUUUCUCAAGCGGGUAGUUCGUCCAGGAUGUUGAUUUAAUUAGCUGCCACCCACUCUGGUGGCAGACACCAUUUUGUUUUGAGAAUCUCUGAUAAAGAAAGUGGUUCCAGAGAUUGGCCUGUCUGUGGUAUGUCUGAGCACGUGUCACUGACAUGACCGUUGUGACUUGGGCCCUUGUGUUGCUAUCAGAUAGGGGUGAGUAAUGUGGUUAUUCUUAGGGCCUGAGUGCAUUCAGCUGAUACAGGUAAUGGUCCCCAAAGAUAAAACAAGACUCUCUAUUCAUCUGAAGUGUUUUAUUAGGAAUUAUAAACUGGUUGGUUCGAGCCCUGAAUGCUGAUUGGCUGACAGCCAUGGUAUAUCAGACCGUAUACCACGGGUAUGACAAAAUAUUUAUUUAUACUGCUUUAAUUACAUUGGUAACCAGUUUAUAAUAGCAAUAAGGCACCUCGGGGGUUUGUGGUAUAUGGCCAAUAUACCACGGCUAAGGCUUGUAUCCAGGCACUCCGCGUUGCGUCGUACAUAAGAACAGCGAUUAGCCUUGGUAUAUUGGCCAUAUACCACACCCCCUCAGGCAUUAUUGCUUAAAUAUAUGUUGCAUGUUGUCAGUCUGACCACUGUGAGAACUUAGUGGGAAGUAAAGGGUAUUUUCUUUGUCUGAGGUAAGGGCCAGAUAUAGAGAGUCUGGCCACCCCCCUUCUACAAAAAUGUGCUAGCCAUCUUUGACAGCCUAGUGGAUUUUCUGCCUUUUGCAUCUUUUGCCAUGGGUAUCCAUUUUAGCAGCGUAGCUGAAUCUCUGCUAUUUGGUUUUGGACUGCAGAAGACAUAUGACAAAUUUAAAAAAGGAGGAGGGUUUAGUGGUCUGCAGCUCUUGGAGCUGGAAAUGCAGACGAACAUAUGAGGACCAUUGAAAACAAUUAAUGCAAAUGUCUCUUUACUGUUCCUGGAGGCAGCUAUAGUUCAAAUGUCAAGCGUCAUGUGCCUAGCCCUGAGCCUCUGAGCAGAAGGCCACUUAACAGAUACUGUAACCUGAAGACAUAUUGCGCGUCAGGUGCACUCACUGUGCUCCAUGCAUCUGCUGCCCCCAACCUGAUAAGGGUCCCACCACACGUGGUCUAUAGCAUAUACAGUAUUUAGUCCUUUAUGCCGUGUCUCAAGGCACCAUCAGCCUCUUGCAAUCGUUGGUGGCAGUCUGCAAGGGGGCGUGUGACACUGAUGUGCCGUGUGGUGUGUGCUUCCAUGAGGGUCCCAGAGGUCUAGGGAUGUUUUAACCGCCCCAUCCCACACCUCCUCCUCCCCAUCACAUGGCCUCAUCACAGCACCAUACUCCUCAUGACCAUGAUCCCUAGCCACUCCACAAGAGCUAGUGGGAGACCCUGACAGAGCCAUGUUCAGUGGUGCACACUUCAGGAUGGCCUUAUCUGUGUUUACCCUCCAAGUGAGUUCUAAUCUCACUACUCCUCACCAUGAAUAUCUUUGACCCCGUUGAUAAUACCUGGAGUGGAGUAGCAGCAAACAUGAAGCCUACUCAGUUAGGGACAGAAAUGCUGGACGCCUCUUCUGUAGAAAGCUGUCCUUUGUCUUUCCAGUGAUAUACACUUGUUCUGCUGUGAGCCUUGUAGCGACGUUCGUUGUGGGGUUAGAAUGUGUUCUGUAAUAAUAAGAAAUGCAUAACAAGUUACAUUUCAAUAACAUCCCCAGAGCUGAGGGAUGAUCAGUGUCUCAAAGGCAACAAGCACUGUGGGUCUUGCGUGACGGCACCAUCGAAGGAUGUGUUUUAAUUCAGAAUGAGAUUAGUAGCUCUGACUGUGAGUGACAGCUGUGUGAGAGCGAUGUGGAGUUAACAGACUGUGCUGUCCUUUUGAUCCAUUAACUUGCACCAGAUAGGGCAGAUUUUCCCUGACAAAACAUGUCUGUGUAGAGCUAUUAUUAAUUGCCCCAUCCCAAAGGCCAUUAUUGUAAGGAGCCUGUCCUACGUAUUCCAAUGACUCUCAUUCCCUCCCUCCCACCCUCCCUCCCUACCCGCCAACCCUACCCUUCUUUUCCCUCCUCUGUGUCAGCAGCCUUCAGCUAUCCUCUCAGUGUCUCUGUCUCUCACCACGCUGGCCAUUAACACUCUGCUAUUAUAAAACAAUGCAAUUAUGUGGAGAGAGAGAGGGUUAAAUAGAGGGAGGGCUCCCCUGUGUAUUCACUGUGAUUUAUGAUAUAGCUAUUCUCUGCUCACUUAAGAUGCCCCCAGGCUUAAGAAAUUAAAGGCUCCCAAUUGAAGCAUCUGCUGCCCUCAGACAAAACACAAGGGAGAAUGUUUGGGUGAAUGCACAAUAAGCAUUCGUCAAGCUCCCCCUUUUAAAUACAUUUGUGAGGCUUCCGUUGGACUCAGAGUUGUCCAAAACGUUUUUGGGGGUUGAUAUUUGAGAGAGGAACUAUUCUAAGAUCAAUGGGGUUGUUUGAGUGGGGAAUUCAUUGGGGAGACCGUGUUUAUGUGUGCGUGUGCGUGUGCGUGUCAUCGUGUGUGUAAAUAUGUUGGGGACCUUGAGGGCUUUCCAUAGACCAAAAUGUAUUACCGGUGUAUAGAAUGGUUUGUUUCUCUGUCAUUUGUUUGGGGGCAGACAGUGUCAUUUAGUGACGCAAAAAAUGAUGAAACCUAGUUUUAUCUCACUCUCUCGCUCUCUCUGUCCAUUCCAGGCAGUGCAACAAGACGUCCAUCGGCAGCGACAGCUGCGACCUGAUGUGCUGUGGGCGAGGCUACAACCCCUACACAGAGAAGCUGGUGGAGCGCUGCCACUGCAAGUACCACUGGUGCUGCUAUGUCACGUGUAAGAAGUGUGAGAGGAUUGUGGAGAGAUAUGUCUGCAAAUGA